CUAAAAUACGAUUUGUACAACGGUCCAGCAUCAAAGAUGGCGGGAGCUUCCGACCCACUGGAGGACAUGCUCUUCACCGAGGUGGACGAGAAGGCGGUCAGCGACCUGGUGGGCUCCCUGGAGUCCCAGCUGGGCGACAGAAACACUCCCGCCGCUUCUUAUUCCGACGGGAAACGGGAGGCAGCUGCGGCCGCUGCCGGCCACUUCUCAGGGAAAGUGCGCGAUCCGGCGGGGUCCGCGGAGCCGCAACAAGGGCAUCCAAAAGCGGGGUUAACCCUGGAAUCGGGCGCUAACGAGCCGCUGUCCGGGAAAAGCCUCCCCUCCUCUACCUCCGCUGCCGCCGGGGCCGGGAUCUCCCCCGGAGCCAGCCUGCCGGCCGCCGGAGCGGCUCCCCCGGCUGUUUCCCCGGGACCGGGACCCGUAACUUUGAGCACUCAGCCCGCCACCGCCGCUAGCUUCCAGCGGGCGGCUGUCCUGGGUCUCAGCGCGGCUCCCGGCGGCUCGGCGGUGCCAGCGGCGCCCGCGGCGGAGGUCCGGACCUCCUCUCCCGGGGUGCAAAGUUUGAACGGCGGCGCGGUAAAGUUGGUGAACUCGCCCGGGGUCCCUCCACCCGCUCCGCCCGCAGGGGCCGGCUCGGUGAUCAGCGGGAACUCCGCUAUCAUCGCCCCCAGCUUCCCGGUGAGCUCCCCCGCCGUGGCCCUCCAGAGGCUCCCCAGCCCGGCGACCAGCGUGGCCCAGAACGGGGUGGACCCCAAGGCGUCCCCGCUAGUGGCCCCGACCGUCUCCAGCGCUCCGGUCCUGAACCACAGCAGCCCUCUGAUGCACACCAAGAUGCUGGUUCCGGGUCAGCCCGCCUCCGGGAGCUCCGUGAUCCUGACCAGCACCCCCCCACCGGCCGCCCAGUCCCCCAUAAGCCAAACCCAGACCGGGACCAGUCCGGCGCCCACCGUCACCCUGGCCAAGCCCACGUUGAACGGGGUGGCCCAGCCUGCGGUGGCCGUGGUCCGGCCGCCCGGCGCUGCGGUGGUGGCUACCUCCAUCCCGCAGCAGAGACCCGGGCUGGUGGCCGCCGCCCGGCCAGCGGCCCCCCAGCCGGCCCUGGCUGUCCGACCCCAGCAGCAGACCACCAUCCAGCUGCCCCCCGGCUUCACCAUGCCUCCAGGCAUGGUUCUGGUCCGGACCGAGGCGGGUCAGCUGGUCAUGGUUCCACAGCAGGUUCUGGCUCAGGCCCAGGCCAAGACCCAGCAAGGCCAGACGGUGGCCAAUAUCAGCCCCAGACCGACGGCGCCCACAGCCGGCGCCACCAUCCGGGUCAGCACUGCCACCACGGCUCCUGGAGCUCAGACCGUCCGCCUGGCAUCCCCCACUCAGCCCAGAAUGGUUCAGUCCCCCGCCACCACCACCGUACAGAAGACACUCGCCGUGGCGCCCGGUGCCGCCGCCGUGUCGGUAAAGAUGGCGCCGCAGAGAACUCCGACCGUCAUCACGGCUGGUGGGACGACCGGCGCGAAACCGACCGGCGUCCAGUCGUCCCCCAUGACCAGCACCACCCCCUCCACCACCGCCUCACCCGCUGCCAGAGUCUCCGUGGUGUCACAGGAAAUGCAGGAAAACGUGAAGAAAUGCAAGAACUUCCUGGCGACGCUCAUCAAGCUGGCGUCUCACAACUCUCCCUCCCCAGAUACCUCCAAGAAUGUGAAGGCCCUGGUCCAGGACCUGCUCGAUGCAAAGAUUGAGCCUGAGGAGUUCACCACUCGGCUGCAGGCUGAGCUGAAGUCCUCCCCACAGCCCUACCUCAUCCCCUUCCUCAAGAAAAGCCUUCCCGCUCUGCGUCAGUCGUUGCUUAGCAGCCAACAGUCUCUGAUGACCGCACCCCCCACCACCUCAGCCCCUCCCCUGGCUGCCCCCGCAUCCGUUACCACUGGCGCCACCAUCAGACCAAGGCUUCCGAUUGGAUCAACCAGUGCGACCGUCAGGCUGAACACACCCAUUAACACGGCAGCUCUGGUGGGUCGUCCAGGUGUUCAGACUCGGUCUCCUGUGGUCAUCAGUCAGACGUUCAGACCUGCAGGUACACUCAUACGAGGACCCACAACCAUCGCCGGCAAAACUCCUGUGAACCUGACAGCACAAGCCAAUCAGAAGAAGCUGAGCGACCCAGGGGGCGGGACUUUCAGAGACGAUGAUGACAUCAACGAUGUGGCGUCGAUGGCUGGCGUCAACCUGAACGAGGAGAACGCUCGUAUCCUAGCAACCAGCUCGGAGCUCGUCGGAACCAAGAUCCGAUCCUGCAAAGACGAAUCAUUCCUGCCCACCGGAUUGCUGCACCGCCGCAUCCUCGACACAGCUAAGAAGUUGGGUGUCACCGAGGUUCCUCUGGAGGUGGUGAACUUCGUCUCCCACGCCACCCAGUCCAGACUCCGCUCGCUGCUGGAGAGAGUUUCAGCCGUGGCUCAGCACCGCACCGACGGAGGGAAGGAUGAAGAACUUCAUGAGCAGACGUCAGACGUUCGUUCUCAGCUUCGUUUCUUCGAACAGCUGGAGAGGAUGGAGAAGCAGAGGAAGGAUGAGCAGGAGAGAGAGAUGCUGCUGAAGGCUGCCAAGAGUCGCGCCAGACAGGAAGAUCCUGAACAGGCCCGUCUGAAGCAGAAAGCUAAAGAGAUGCAGCAGCAGGAACUGGCUCAGAUGCGACAGCGAGACGCCAACCUCACGGCUCUGGCCGCCAUCGGACCUCGAAAGAAACGUAAACUGGACUCACCUGGAGCCUCGAGUGGAAACGAGGUGGCGUCCGGUUCCGGCCCUUCCUCCUCGGUUCCAGCGUCUUCGUCCCGGCAGCAGGUCCGUCAGCGGAUCACUCGGGUCAACCUCAGGGACUUCAUCUUCUGCCUGGAGCAGGACCGCGGCACGGCACGUUCUCUGAUGCUCUACAAGGCUCUGCUCAAAUGACCCGCCUCUCCUGCAGAACCUUCACGUCACCUCCAGAACAUCACGGAACCUUCAGCUGCAGCCGCUCCAGGAGCAUCAUUCAACGUUCUGGAGCUCUGAGGUUCUCUGCUGGUCCGUCUGAGGAGAAGGGACUGAAGGGGAACAAGCAGGAUGAUGCCGAGAACGUAUAGCGGACAUGUGGUGAAUGUAUGGAGAACAUGUGGAAAAUGUGUGGGGAACAUGUUUAGAACGUUUGGAGAAUUAUAGAGAACGUAUGGAGAACAUGUGGGGAACAUGUGGCGAACGUAUGGAGAAUGUAUUGAGAAUAUAUGGAGAACAUGUAGAGAACGUGUGGAGAACAUGUAGAACAGGUGAUGGUGCUCCUCAGUGUCCUGCUGCAGGUUCCGUGCAGCUGAUCUGGACUCUGCUGUACCUGAACAGAUGCCUUCAAUCUCUGUCUGGUUCUGUCUGGUUCCGUCUGGCUGCUCAGUUUGGGUUCUGCUCAGAUCACUUUAGUGACGAUGGUCAUCAUGGACUCCAUGUGUUUAGUGUCGAUGUUCUACUGGAACCUUCCAGUGGAAUCUUUCUGCUGAGAGUCUCUGGUUCUGAUCCUGUCGGUUCUGUUUGGUUCUGAUCCGGUUGGUUGUGAUCGGUUCUUGCAACACGUCAGUUCCGUCAUUGAUCCGUCUUUUAGCGGUUCUGGUCCAGAAUGAUCUGUUUCCACAUUUUGAACUGAUUUUAAUGUGAAACUUUUAUUCUUGAAUCAUUUAAAUAAAAAUAAGUUUUUAAAUCACAAACUGAAUAUUUUCUAAACCAGACUGUUGAUCAGAUUAUUAUUAUCUGAUUAUUGAUCAUCAGAUCUGCUGGUUUCAACUAAAACCAUGAAAAUCUUUCUAAACUCAGAAACAGGACUUUUAUUGAACUCAUCAUGAAGUUUCAUUAUUGAUCGAUCUUCUCUGACGUCGUCUAAUCAGCUGAUCAAUGAUCUGCAGCUCGUUGAUCUCCAGGUUUAAACAUCUAAACCUUCAGACUCUCAGCAGACGUUCCUCUGAGGAGGUUCUGUUCUCAGACCGGAGCUGGAUCUCCCACAGAACUCACUCAGGCCUCGUUCCUCUUCAUCACCUUCAUCCUCAUCAUGGUCGACUUCAUGAUGGUCCUCAGCUGGAAGGUUCUGUCUCCUCUGGUCUUCACCUGGAAGGUUCUUAACGCUUUAAUGUUUAGUUUGUGUCAUCUGUAGCUGCAGCGCUCUGAACAUCUGUCCUCAGCUCGGGGAAGGACUGGGUUUUUGCGACUAUUUAUAUUUCCUACAUUCUGUAUUCGAUCCUGAUGAUGAAUUUUACAGCCGUUUGUACCUUUGCAGAAAAAUGAAAUAAAGAAAAGUGACGAAGAA